ACGAGGGCAAGAAGCUCAUCUACGUGGAGGAGCUGCCUGUGCAGGACCACUACAUCUUCUACUGCGAGAAGCAGGGCCCGCAGAAGACGUUCGGCAUGGGGAAGCUCAUGGGGAGGACCCCUGAGGAAAACCCCGAGGCCCUGGAGGAAUUUAGGAAAUUCGCACAGCGCAAGCGACUCCCGCAGGAGAAAAUAAUCAUCCCUGAGCAGAGGGAAAGCUGCGUCCCUGAGCAUGACUAGGCAGCCACCUGGAUCUGCGCCCCAGAGCUCUCCCUCCCUGCCAGACCAGCCUUGCACCGGACUGGGCCUCCAGCCCGACCACCGCCAGGGCAGCCUCCACCCUGCCGCUGACCCCACCCCACUCCAAAUAAAGAACUUCAGCAGCA